UAUAUAUCAUAUAUAAACGUAUCGAUAUCUUUCUCAUUGUUAAUACAUUAGUGAUUGUGGUAAUAAGGGGACAGAUAUCAAAUCGGUAUACCUUUAAACGUAAAUUUAACUAUGCGCUAAUUUUAGAUAAAACUCCGGUAUGUAUCUUACACUAUUAUAUUUCAACAAAGUCGUGCUUGUGAAACGUUUAUUUGUUUGGUUAUUUUUAAACAUGGUAUUAUGAUUUUGGAUUUUAUAUUGAGCUUAUUAUUAUUCAUUAUACAAAUAUCAGGUUAUAUAUGUUCCGAAAAUGAACUGCAUAAUGUUACUAAUUGGACCGAUGCAGUUGAGAAAUGUGAGUUAGCCACGCCUGAUAUAACAUUAGAUGCCAAUGGUUAUAGAGCAGAAGUUCAGGAUGACGAAUGGAAUGGUCAAGUGUGGACUGGAUAUUACAUGACGAAUUUAUACUUUGAUUAUAUUGGUUGUGUACAGGUUUUCCAAAGGGAAGCAAAUUUUAUGAAUCAAAGAAAUACACCUGGGACAUGCCACACUGCGUGUGGAACAUCCAAGAUAGGCCUAACAGGAGAUGAGUGUUAUUGUUUAGACAACGACCAGUUUGUUAAUAAUAUGCAGCCAUAUUGUAACACGUCGUGCGACUCUCGGGAUGGCGUAGUUUGUGGCGGGAAUCAACAUAUGUCAGUAUAUAGAAUAACCAACGUGUCGGGUGAUAUAAGCGACGGUAAUAUAGAGAAUGGCUGCCUCGGUGUCGAAUAUCAGUAUGUAUCUAAGAUAUUUAAAUUGAAAAACUGCAGUGAGUUUAUGCGACCCCUCUGUUUGUACACUGGUUUAGAGAAAAGUACAAAUGGUAGACAUUACCCAUGGACAACAGCGGCGUUUAGAUGCUUCGAGCAUGACACGAUCCCAAUAUCUUAUACGUCAGCUUCAAAGUUUAAAACUGUUCUCACCGGAAUAUACUGGACAGGAACCAUUAGAAGCCAAGUUAUUCAUAAAUAUGAUGGUGAACUAGAAGAAGGCAGUAAUAUCAGCUACGGGUAUCUAGCAAAGAACGAAAACAAUGUCACUGUCCUCCUGUUUUCUGAAAACAACAAAAAGAUGGGAAGACUAUGUAAGGAAGAAAGAGCACAGGAUAUCCAACGGCCAGCUUUUGUGUACGUUUUUGUGGCUAUUCUGGUAGUUUUAUUCAUCGUUGGUAUCAUCGUAGCAGUUGUCAUCUGGAAAAAGAGAAAGUCAACGCAAGAGGCACCAGUCAGACAAGCAAGCAGUCAGAAUCACUACAUAACACCACUAUUUAAGAAAGAGGACGAUUAUAUUUAUUCAGAAGUAGUUGAAAUGGGUGAGAAAGAAACAAAUAAGUUUAUAGGGGAUGACGGUUAUGAAAUGCCUGUAAUGAAAUCAAGUUCCAUUUAUUCGGAAGUUGUUGAAACGGAUAAGAAAGAAACACAAUUUUUGACAGGCGAUGGCGAUUAUGAAAUUCCUCUUAAGAAAACAAGUUUAAAUUGAUAAUAAUAUUAGUUGUUAAAUUAAAACCGAUAUGACUUGAUAUAUUUUGUGUAUAUCUAUAUUGACUUCUCAGAAAUGAAUACAUUUGAGCCGCGUCACGACAAAACCAACAUAGUGCGUUUGCGACCAGCAUGGAUCCAGACCAGUCUGCGCAUUCGCACAGUCUGAUCAGGAUCCAUGCUGUUCGCUUACCAACUCUAUUACAAGUAGAGAAACUGAUAGCGAACAGCAUGGAUCCUGAUCAGACUGCGCGGAU